UUAAUUGAAUUGAUAAUUAUUUCGAUUUGAUUAAUGACGAAACCGACGAAACAAAAUUUCAUUGUGAUAGAUAAUUCGAUUGGGGCUUUCAUCCCUGUCCUUUGUCAAUGUUUUUACGUAACUUGAUAAUAAAUAAAAAAAAUAAACGUUUAAAUAAUACCAUCAACAAAUUCCCAGUUGGUAGAUUAAUGUUGGUGUUAUUUCAACAUGAAUAUAUAUUUUCUACCUACGUCAGAGAAUAUCGAUUAUAAGAACAUGGGGUCGCGCAGACGCCGGAUGUAUAUUUCGUUUUAUUUUCUGGUCCCUGGCCUCGGUUCUUCAAGUAAACAGUUACCCCAAAAGUCUGCUAUCGUUAUUACUACUUGAAUUUUAAUUAUUUUUUAUUUUUUACUACUAUAUUUAUAAUAAUAUAUAAUUGUGUAUGUCUUUUUAAAAUUUAUAACAAAACGUAAAUUUACUUGACCAAGAUUAUUAUCAUAUCAAUAUUCAAAGUGACCAAUACUUUUGUUAUUUUUACUCUUUAUUUAAAUAAAACAAUAUCAAUUGUUAUUGUGGCUCAAUAAUAAACAACGAUUAUUUAUAAUAAAUAUAUUUUUUUAUUUGAAAAUUCAUUGAUUUUUAUUUUGAAUAAUAUAAUCAAUGCAAAUAAACAUUUGGCAUUUUCCACGCUCAACAAAUAAUUGACAAAUGUCCAAUCGAUAUUCAAGUGAAAAUGGCACUUUGACGUUUUGUUGGCAACCUUGAGUGUUGCGUUAUAUUGGCGAUAUUAUUUGUGGUUUAACUUGAUUAAAUAUUAAAAAUAAAAAUUAUAAUUAAAAAAACGACGAAACUUGUUAAUCAAAAGAAACAAAAUUGUCUUGUUUAUAUUUAUAUAUUUUUUUUUCAUUGUUAAAUUGGUAAAGUUGAAAUACAAAAAUAAAAAAAACUUAGGGUUUGUUUGGUUGAAUGAAUUAUUGAAUAACAAAAAGGUCAUUGACCGACAGAGAAUUUUAAAAAAAAGUAAUAUUCCAACACGAUGGUUCAUGUUGGUGGUGGUAUGAAUCCCUCAGUGGGUAGUGGUUUACCUAAAAGUCCAAGUUUUCAUCAGGGUCUUGCAUAUGCUGCUGUGUUACCUCAUGAUAUGAAUAAUAAACAACGUCAACCUAUUUCUGCUCUUCAAUAUCAACCACUUCAAUCAUUACUUCUUGAAGCUCAACAGCCAAAUGAAAGAGAAGAGCUUUUUAUACAAAAGCUUCGACAAUGCUGUGUUUUAUUUGAUUUUGAAGCUGAUCCAUUGUCUGAUUUAAAAUGGAAAGAGGUAAAACGUGGUGCAUUAAUGGAAAUGGUUGAUUAUGUUACUAAAAAUAAAGGUGUUAUUACUGAAUUGAUUUAUCCAGAAGCUGUUAAUAUGUUUGCAGUUAAUUUAUUUCGAACUCUUCCACCAUCAUCAAAUCCAAAUGGUGCUGAAUUUGAUCCUGAAGAGGAUGAGCCAACAUUGGAGGCAGCAUGGCCACAUCUUCAGCUUGUCUAUGAAUUUUUUCUUCGACUUCUUGAAUCACCAGAUUUUCAACCAUCAAUUGCAAAACGUUAUAUUGAUCAUAAAUUUGUUUUACAAUUACUGGAGCUAUUUGACUCUGAGGAUCCAAGAGAAAGAGAUUUUCUCAAGACAACAUUACACAGAAUUUAUGGAAAAUUUCUUGGUCUUCGUGCUUAUAUAAGAAAACAAAUAAAUAAUGUAUUUUAUAGAUUUAUCUAUGAAACAGAACAUCACAAUGGUAUCUCAGAAUUAUUGGAAAUACUUGGAAGUAUUAUCAAUGGUUUUGCUCUUCCAUUAAAAGAAGAACAUAAAAUUUUUUUAUUAAAAGUACUACUACCAUUACAUAAAGCAAAAUCAUUAUCUGUUUAUCAUCCACAACUUGCUUAUUGUGUUGUACAAUUUUUGGAAAAAGAUCCAAGUCUUACUGAGCCAGUUAUUAAAAAUUUACUUAAAUUUUGGCCAAAAACUCAUUCACCCAAGGAAGUUAUGUUUUUAAAUGAACUUGAAGAAAUACUUGAUGUCAUUGAACCAGCUGAAUUUCAAAAAAUAAUGGAUCCAUUAUUUAGACAGCUAGCUAAAUGUGUAUCAUCACCACAUUUUCAGGUUGCUGAAAGAACACUUUAUUACUGGAAUAAUGAGUACAUAAUGUCUUUAAUUUCUGAUAAUUAUUCUUCAAUUUUGCCAAUAAUGUAUCCUGCAUUGUAUAAAAAUUCACGUAAUCAUUGGAACAAAACAAUUCAUGGAUUAAUUUACAAUGCAUUAAAACGUUUAAUGGAAAUGAAUCAAAAAGUAUUUGAUGAAUGUACCCAACAAUAUACACAGGAUCGACAAAAAGAAAAACGAUUAGUUAAAGAUCGAGAUGAAGCAUGGAAUCGUGUAGAAACAUUGGCAAUGAAACAUCCAAAUUACAAUAUAGUUCCACAUGGAAGUCAAAAUAAUUUGAAUAAUUCAACAAUGACACUUGACAGUCCACCAUUAGAUGAUGAUGGUGAAAAUGAUACUGUUCCUUUGACACUGGAAAAAAUUGAAGCCAAGGCAAAUGAGGCUAAGAAAAUAACAAAUGUCAACAAAGUUAAACCACUUUUACGAAGAAAAAGUGAAUUACCACAAGAUUCAUAUACAAUGCGUGCAUUAUCUGAUCAUAAACGUGCUGAUGAAUACCUUGAAACACCACCAGAUCCGAAUAAUUGCUAGUCCCUGUCUAAUUAACUUCCGAUAUAUCCUUUAUUUUGAUGCUUAAAAAAAGAUAAUAAAAAAUUUACAUAAUAUGGAUCGAGGAAUCGCAUCUAUCGAGGCAGGGCCUCAUCAAAAAAACAUAAAAAAAAAGAGGCCGGCAAAUUUUACUAUUCAUUCGGAUGCAGGUUAUCUAUUUCUAUAUAUUUUUUUUUUUCUUUUUUCAUUUUCUCGAGUGUAAUAAUAAUCUAAAAAUAAAUAAGCAAAAAAACAUAUUAAAAUAUACAAAAAAUAAAUACAAUAAUGUUUAUUAUAAAUAUAAUUUUUUUCAUUAGUAAAUGUCGGAAGUUUUUAAAAAAAUAAUAAAACGGUGCAAAUUAUGAUGGUUAAGUAUGUUUGGAAAUUUCGAACAACAAGACUAAAUGUAUAGCGUUUUUUUUUUCAUUUUUUUUUUGCCACGAUUGUGACAAACAAUGCAAUGUGUUUAGUAAGACAAUUUUUUUUUAUAUAUAUAAAUAAAAUGGGGUUGUUUAAAAUAAAUUCAAUUUAAAAAAAACAUAAAAAAAAAAUUCAGUCUUAUUAUUUUUUUGGUAAUUAAAAUUAAAAUUUAAUUAAUAAAUAAAAUAUAUACAUUUGUUGAAUUAUUAAAUUCAAUUUUAUAAAUGAAUAAUAAAAAAAAAAUUUAUAUUUUUAUUUUAUUAAAAUAAUAAUGAUAUAUUUGGUAUUGAUAUUGCCAAAAUUUAAUUUGGGUUAGCCAAUCGACUGCCUCUCGUGUCGAGCACUCUCCAAAGGUGCCAAGAGCCAUGCUUGACAUUUAUAAAUAAAAAAAUAUUAAAUAGCUAUAUGCAUCAGAUGACUGAAUGAAUUUAAACAAAAUAUUAAUUACGAAAUUUAUGUAUUGUCGGACCGAAUUACGUUAAACAUGCCUUUUGUUAAAAAAAAAAAAAAAAUUUAAUCAAAUAAACGCCAAUUGAGCAAUCUUUUUUUUAAUUAAAAAAAAAAAAAACAAAAUUAUAUAGUAAUAAUAAUAAUAACAUUAAUAAUAAGCAUAUUAUAGUUGAAGAAAAAAAAAAAAAAAACAUUGGACAAGUAGAUAUGUGUGCUUGAAGCUGAAAAAAUAAAAUAAAAAUUUUCAAAUCUUGUAAUUAAUAAAAAUGCUUUUAUGUUAUUUUUUUUCGAAAUUUUCUUCUGGAAAAAUUGAAUAGUUAUUUGGGCGAAUGGAUGAGACAUUUGAAGUUAAAAAAAAAAAAAAAAAACUAAUAAAUUUUUACAAGUCUUU